AUGUGCGUUUAGACGAGGGGGUGCGCAUGCGCCGCCCGGCGGCCGGGCCGGACGUAAGAUGUCGGCGCAGGGGGACUGCGAGUUCCUGGUGAAGCGAGCGCGGGAGCUGGUGCCGGGGGACCUGUGGGCGGCCAAGGCCUGGCUCAUCACGGCUCGGAGCCUUUACCCCGCCGACUUCAACAUCCAGUAUGAGAUGUACACUAUUGAGAGGAAUGCUGAAAGGACAGCAUCUGCAGGCAGGCUGCUCUACGACAUGUUUGUGAAUUUUCCAGACCAACCUGCUGUAUGGAGAGAGAUUAGCAUUAUUACAUCAGCAUUAAGGAAUGACUCACAGGACAAGCAGACACAAUUUUUAAGAGGCUUAUUUGAAACCCUUCCUGGACGGGUCCAGUGUGAAAUGUUACUGAAGGCCACUGAGCAGUGUUUUAACACAUUAGAAAGGGCAGAAAUGCUUCUACUACUUCUGCGACGUUUCCCAGAGACUGUGGUGCAACAUGGGGUAGGCCUCGGAGAAACAUUAUUAGACGCUGAAAGUAUUGAAGACCAAGAAUCCCCAGUGAAUUGUUUUAGAAAAUUAUUUGUUUGUGACGUUCUUCCUCUAAUAAUCAACAACCCUGAUGUUCGUCUUCCGGCCAGCUUGUUAUAUAAAUAUCUGAAUAAAGCAGCAGAAUUUUAUAUUAACUAUGUAACUAGAUCUGCACAAACAGAAAGCCAAUAUCAAGGUUCACAAGAUUCCUCUGAUAUUAUGUCUCCAAGCAAGCGUAGCUCUCAGAAAUAUGUAAUAGAUGGUCUCACAGAGAAAUCGUCCCAGAUUACAGAUCCUUGGGAGAAGCUAUUUAAAAUAUUAUCUGUGGUGGGAAUGAGGUGUGAAUGGCAAAUGGAUAAGGGAAGAAGAAGUUUUGGUGAUAUUUUGCAUCGCAUGAAAGACCUCUGCAGAUACAUCAGCAACUUUGAUAGUGAUGCACAUGCUAAAUACAAGAAUCAAGUUGUGUAUUCCACAAUGUUGGUCUUCUUUAAAAAUGCAUUCCAGUAUGUCAGCAACAUCCAGCCAUCACUCUUUCAAGGUCCAAACGCCCCAAACCAAGUCCCGUUGGUCCUUCUUGAGGAUGUAACCAAUGUCUAUGGUGAUACCGAUAUUGAUCGUAACAAACACAUGCACAAGAAGAGGAAACUUGCUGAAGGAAGAGAAAAAACAAUGCAGAGCUCAGAUGAUGAAGAUCCUUCUGGGAAGGCACGAAGUCGCCAUAUUACAGUAAACAAGGCAGAUCUUGCAAACUCUAUUGAAGUAUUAGAGAGCUUCAAACUGGCAAGAGAGAGCUGGGAGUUGCUCUAUUCUCUGGAAUCACUCGACAAAGAGUUCACCAGAAUUUGUUUGUCGUGGAAGACAGACACGUGGCUUUGGUUGAGAAUCUUUCUUACAGACAUGAUCAUCUACCAGGGGCAGUACAAAAAAGCAAUUAGCAGCCUACAUCACUUGGCAGCUCUUCAGGGCUCUCAUUCUCCACAGCAAAUUACAGGACAAGGAUCAUUAGAAAAUCAGAGAGCGCUAAUCCAGUUAGCAACAUGCCACUUUGCCCUUGGAGAAUAUCGGCAAACAUGCGAAAAAGUGCUUGACCUCAUGUGCUGUAUUUUACUUCCAAUACAAGAAGGAGGUAAAGUACAAGAGGAGCAACCUAAAGUAAAGUCUAAAUUCAGGAAAGGGUCUGAUUUGAAGCUUUGGCCAUGUACCAGCAAAGCUAUCAUGCCUUACUGCCUCCAUCUAUUGUUAGCUUGUUUCAAGCUCAGAGCUUUCACAGACAGCAGAGAUGACAUGGCCUUGGGUCACGUAGUUGUUCUGCUUCAGCAUGAGUGGCCAAGGGGCGAGAACUUAUUCCUGAAAGCCAUCAACAAAAUCUGCCAACAAGGAAACUUCCAGUAUGAGAAUUUUUUCAACUAUGUCACAAAUAUUGAUAUGUUGGAGGAGUUUGCUUAUUUAAGAACACAGGAAGGAGGGAAAAUUCAUCUGGAACUUCUGCCAAAUCAAGCAAUGUUGAUCAACUCUAGAUUUUCAAACUCAUCCUUGCUGUAUGUCACUGCUUCUGAACAGCUAUAUUAAAACAAGAAUCGGAGUAUGUUGUACUACGUAUGGUGUUAAGUAACAAGCUUUGUCAGCAAGAGGACUUAGCACUGAAGACUACACCUGGUAACUUAUUAGCUGCUAUCUCAAGUCAGUUACUAUAGUUCAGCACUAUUUCUCCAUGUCAGGCUUUUGUUUUGAUUGGCGUGGUAGCUGUUAACUUGCCAUUCUGACCCCACCAGUGAGGAAGUAGGUAGAGAGCAGUGCUUCUAGCAAGACAAAAUUCUCUCUUUGACCUCCUUUUGACCAGUGUUAUGUUUCCUGAUGGAAAUGCUUGUAGAGAGUUCUACUUCUUUGUGCUUAUAAAGCCAAACUGGUCAAAUAUACCGUCCAGCUGGAAAAGCUGUCUUUUGUGUGGCUGAGAAGUGUAGGACAGGAACCACUUCAUCUGAGAACAAAUGGGAGGGAGAGUACUGGGUGUGGUCUCGUGAUCAGGGAUGACUUCUGCUCCUCUGGUAUCCCAGUAUUUUUUUAGCUGGGCUGGCUGUGAGACGCAGGGAUGCUGUUGACCUCAGCAGAAUUGGUCAGCUCACAGCCUCCCCCAGCUAGGGUUUUAGAUGAAGUGUGCCUCAAUAGCCCUGUUUCCUGGGACAGUGGUUGAGAGGUUACAAAUCUGCAGGCUCGCUGUCAUCUUUCACAACUGUCACCAGUUCUAGUUGCAUGAGCUGCUGCUCCAUCCUCCCAGUCAUUAGCCGAGGCUGCUCAGACGCUGUUCCGUCAUGCGCAGGAAGACACUAUGAGUUUGCCAUAGGAGCCCAGUUGCAGCUUUGCUGGAUCUUUCCUCAGCAUAAAUAUACAUAGCAAUCCUGCAUCUUAAGUGAUGCAAAAUGUGUUACAGGUAUUUUAUGUAUUUUGUAAGUACAGCUUUUUGCUUCAUGACUUACAGGACAUUUUCUCCCCAGAUGAAUUCCAUGUUCUUCCAUUACUUUUCCAUAGCACCUCAACCUUUGUAGGAAAUCAUGUUCAUUUUUCAGGAAAGCAAACUGCAAUGUAGUUUUCAAAAGCCAAAGUAAGAUUGCGGUGGCCUGCAGACUUAUAAUUGGGUCCUGCAAAACUCUUGAGGAACUAUUUCAUUUGAUUGAAUAAUUCUUGUGACUAUUUUAUUUCAGGUUAUUGUAGCUGUAUUGUAGUGUUCCUGUACUACUAAAGCAUCUCAUCUUUAUUUGACUUUUAUAAGCAUAGCUCUCCAUACAUAUUCAUUAAUAAAUUACAGAUACUAACCAAAAUGCCCACCUGUGAGAUCUGACGGUAGGUACCUAAGUGUGAGCCUUGCUUCUCUGCCCCCUUCUUAGCAUCUAUGAGGGUGAGUGAUGCAUUUAGUGCCUGGGUGUGCAGUAAGAUUUAGGUGACGUUUUGAGAGAUUUAGGUUAAGAAACUAGACCCGUUCUUUAUAUAUGAAAUUUCUCAUCUCUCCUUGUGGGGGCACUGGAUUUGCUCUAGGCUGGAUGUGUGAAGUUAUUAUCUUGUGUUAUAGAUAACACACAGAGAUAAGAUUUGACAGAGAAAACAAACUGUGUUUCAGCUGAGACACCUUUUGGUGGCUAGUUCUUGUGGCCCUGGUCAUAAAUGGGAGGUUGGUCUGAGUGGGCAUUUGUGCUCAGACUGUGUUGUCCCUUAAGAGACAUUGUUGUAUGCAGUCUGAAUUUGAAAAAAUGAGAGAAGCCGCCUGUGGGCUACUGCAAAGAUACUUAAGCAACCUGUAACAAACAUUGUCAUGUACUCAACUUGGCCAGUACUUGCUGUGCAUGCACUCUGCUUGGGCUCAGCAGCAAAUCCCUUAACUCCAAGCUGUGGGCUCUCCUUGUUCGCUGACAUGCUCUUGCCAGCUCUGCAGGGAAGCUAUGGUUUCUGCAGCGCUCCUCUGAUUUACUUUUCUGAUUGACACGCUUCCUGGAAAGAGCUUCCACAGUUCAUCAUAGUACAGCUGUGAAUCGGUUUUGCACCUACCACUGUCCUUUCUCCCGGUAUGCCUGUCCAAAAAUACGUAUGUAGAUUUAGAGCACAGUCGUAGAACAGCCUUGCAAUGAACCCUGGGGAUAUUUGCAUGCCUGGUGCUGUUAGGGUGCUGCACCCCUUCGGCUGUUCAGUGGUCAAUAUUGCUAUGUGGUCUCACCCGAGUUGCUCCUUUUUCCAGAGAGUUGUUUUGCACUGGAGGGGGAGUUGGUGCGUGGGUGUUUGAAUGCUGCUGUUUGCUGUUUUUUAAAGGACUUCUAGCCCUCCCAUGGGGUUACUGCAGCAGGAAUUCAUACCUGUGCUACAGCCCAGCAUACAGACUGCCGACAGGUACCAAGUGGAAAAACCCUGCUCAUAGUGUGCUGUGUUUUGUCAACAUGUUUUACUGCCCAUGGUUUUCAGCAAUUUGUUACUCAAAAUUUAUAUAUUUUUUUUUCUCCAUUUGUGCCUACAUUGCCUGGCAAACCAUGUUGUUCUAUUAUAACAUUUAUUUUUCUUUUUCCCAUAAGUUGCCAGUAUCUGUGUCCUUUCAACUUAAUAAUCACUGUUCAAUUUAAACAAAAAUGUAGAAAUUCCCCCUAAUUAUACCAAUGUUCAAACACUUACUAGCAAGAUUAUAACCCUUUUUCAAGAUACUGGUUACUAGAUCUGUUUGCAGCUACUUUUAUUCAUUUAAGAAUUCUAUUUUCUAGCUGCAACAUGAUGCAUAUUGUCAAAAGCACUGCUGGCUUUCUCAAUAGCUGUAGGUUGCAUAUUCUCCUUUAGGUUGUAACUGACCAGAGUCCUUGGCUGCUAGCAAUGUUUAAGACAGUAAAAAUGGAAAACAGGGUUUAUCCCAUAACCUCUGAAUAUGCUGUAGUAUUUUCAGUGCAGUUUUGCUUCGCUCAGCCUAUCUCAUCAACGAACUGCCUAGUAGUCUCCAGGCUAGUCUCUUCUUUUCCACAUAUCAUAGGGGUCUGCCCUUUUGGCAGAGAAGUCUGUUGUCAAGUACUGGACUUGCUGAUUAAAGCGAAGGCGGGGGAAUAGUGUUGAUGAGGGUAGUUCCCAGACUCUUCCCUUUCUUGGCAUCUCUGGAUUGGCAUAGAUGCCCUCACCCUUUAUUUUUUUUCUUUCUGUCUUCCAGUGCGCUUGCUGGGCUCAGUCCAGCUCUUCCCUUCUUACCCAUGACUCAGGACUUGUCUUAGUGUUAGCAUUAUGCUUUUCUCUAGGGCUCUCAUUUCAGGGCAUAUCUUUUGCUUCCCUUCCCAAGUAGGUAGAUGUUAAAAAUUCCUGACCUUAAACAUUUCUGGACCAGUGCAGUAAAGCAUAAUGCUUUGGUGCUGUCCUUUAAGGACAGGAUUUAGAUACCGAGUGCUACAGGUCAGUGUGAGGACGAAAGACUGUUCAUAAAAAGGGCCUUUAACAAGGCCAAGUUUCCCAGCCAGCACUGCAGUGGUUUGCUCAGUAGCUGGACCUUUGUUCUGAUUGAAAACAAGUCCUGAACUUCUGCUCCGAAUCAAUGCAAACUCUGCCUAGUGCCCAGUGUCCCUAAGAGCUGGCUUCUACUGACGAAGACUCGCAGCCUGGCUUAAUUUGGACUUUGUGUUGGCCUGUGACGCGAUUACUGCACCUUUCAUUAGUCCAAGAGUUAUUGGUGUUAGUUAGUCAAAGGUUAUAUAGCUUCUUUCUGCGCUGACCUACUGGUACAAGAUGCCCUCUGUUCUUUAUGGUGGCAGCCAUCUCUCCCCUUCUUCCAGAGAAAGCAGGUUCAUCUUUUCACUCUUCUUUCAAUCCAACCAUUUAUAGAAGGAAAUAAAAGGAGGAAGUGGCCUAGGCAGCAAGGGUAGAGAAAAAAAAUUCCCUUCCCCAAGCAAGAAUUCUGCAUGUAGUGGCUUAAGAGAACAGAUUUUCCUCUUAACCAGAACAGCAACAUUUCACACACCCCUCGUCAUAAUCAAAGCAGUGAGAGCAUAAACUUCUACGGAACUUUAACUGUUUAAAGACUUGUUUUUAAAAACCAGCAUAGCACGGGCUCUUUGGCUCUCCGUAUCUAAACUGGGGUACGGACUAUAGGUACAUAGUAAGCGACAUGCAGUACCUUUUACAUUACUGUAGUGCACCAAAUAACCGUUAUUCAAUUUUGUCUGUCUCUCUCUUCUUCAUGGCUUAAGGCAUCAUACAGUCACCCGAGGUAUAACUAAAGGAGUGAAAGAAGAUUUCCGCCUGGCCAUGGAGCGCCAGGUCUCACGCUGUGGGGAAAAUCUCAUGGUGGUCUUGCAUAGGUUCUGCAUUAACGAGAAAAUCCUGCUGCU